AUGGCUUCGAAAUACGUCGACAUUGAUGAAGAACCAGCACACACACAACGUUUUUCGGAUAUCGCUGGAGAACCUUGCCGAAUGCUAAUGCCGAUUCAAGGAUAUGAAAAAAAGCCUCUUGUUUCACUUGAAGAUGCUGUGGAACCUAUCGUUUUGUAUGUACCUGAUGUGAAACGAAUGGCCUAUAUUGCAAAAAUGAAAUGUGCAGAGCUUUCACCAGGAGGAUUACCCAUAGAUCAAGCAGCCUCAAUCACGCUCUAUUCAAUUGAAUGGGAGCCUCAAGAAGAAUGUCUGUAUUAUGUAUUAAAUCAGACACUACGAAAUGAAAAUCGGCAAAAAGUGAAACCGUGGUUUCUUUAUCUCCGGCUGAUUCUUACUGCACUGGCUCAACUGCCGUCAUCUGUUUGUUAUGUUUAUCGUGGAGUUAAACGGGACAUGAGAAAAGAAUACCCAGAAGGAAAAACAUUUGUUUGGUGGGGUUUCAGUUCUUGUACAUCCAAGAUAAGUGUACUCCAGAAUGAACAAUUUUUGGGUACAACAGGCCCAAGAACUUUCUUUAUGAUUGAAUGUAAUAGUGGCAAAGAUAUCCGAGAAUACUCCUGUUUUAAAGCUGAAGAUGAAAUUCUUCUUCCAGCUGCAAGACAAUUUAAAGUCGAAGCAUGUCUUAGCCAAGGUAAAGAUCUCUAUCUCAUACAACUCAAAGAAAUUCAACCACCAUUUCCGCUGAUUGAACUUGUACCAACAACACCUGCCACAAAAGUUCCAGCAGCAGCAGCAGUAGCAAAAGUGCCAGCACCACUAAAACCAAUUGGCAGUUCUUCUGAAUCAAAAACGACAACCACAGCACGAGGUAGGAUUGUAAAAAAUUAGUUUUCUUUUAUCAUCAAUUAAUAGAGAAACCUAUGUCGAUAGAUAAAAAUAGAUGAAGAGUAAGAAUUACAUACCUCUUCAUAAAUUGAUCAAUAAUUCGAAAGAGUUAAUCAGAAGAAACGAGUUCAAAUCUGUUUCAAGAGAAAAAUUUUCUUGGUUACCAAUAAAUCAACGUAUUUCUUAGAUAUUUCAAUAGAGACUAUUAUAGUUUUCCUAGAGCUAUUAUUGUUGCCUGUUAGAUCGACUCAAUGUAGAGGUAUUGACAAGUAAAUAUACUCGCUUCUAUUGGCUGUUAAGUUAUCAAUAAGAAGUUUUCUUUUCUGAAGAAGAAAAUCUAGUACAAAAAAGCAAUUGGUCAAUGCAUGAGCACCAAAUUUUGCUUCUCGACUAGUGGAAUGUUCGUUUUUUUUUGUUCAUGCCGAUAACUAAAGAAUGCAGAGACGUAUGUGGAAAACUAGUUGCGCACUAUUCGUGCGUUCCUGUUAAACGAUCGCCCAUAAUUUAGAAAUUGGAUUCAGAAUGGAGAACAAACCUACGUUGACUUGAAUCGAAACCAAAAGACAAUAUGUUUGUUUUCGAUCACGAAAAGAAAAUUUUUUGAACACAAAAAAUUACUUUCGAUUUAAAAUAUAGGAUACGUGAGAACAAAUAUCAUACUUAAAGACAGAAGGAAAUAAUGUCAGUAAAAAGCAGGCAGAUAUGUUUUAACGAUAGUUCGACAUUUAAUAAAAUUUAAGGAUAUUAUUCUCCUGAAACUUCAUUAAAAAGAUGUUUUAGCACAAAUUUUGUUAUUAGUUCUGGUCAAAGUGUCGUAAAAUAACUUUUUAUUUUAAAUGAAUGCAAAAUAGAUCCAACCCAGAUGAGGUACUUGAGAUAAAGUUUGGUUGAAAAGAGAAGUCAGUUCUCUUUUUUGAAGCUUUCCGAAUUUCUCUACAACAAUACGUGUUGUAUGAAACCCCAUAAAAAUUUACAUAAAGGUUUAUGUUGAAUGUGGUAUAUUUUACUGACGACAAUGAAAGAAUCGUCUUGUUUUCGGCGUGAAUCAAAUCUGAAUUCGAAUCUAGAUUUUCUUAUUCUUUUUGGUCUCUAUUUCCCAAAGUCAUUGUGCUAUUUCAAUUUGGAACAGUUUAAAGUGGAAUCUUUACAGCUUCUAAAGAAAAGAAACUCCAAAAAAGUUAUCGAAGAAUUAGAAUUGCGCGUUUGAAUAUGGAGAGAAAACGAUUUCUUUGACAUACUUGAUCAAUUGUGGGGUGAAUAUUUAAAGAACUCUAUUGAUCCUCUUUCUCAUCGUCUUCGUCAAAUCUUUGAUCCAUCGCUUUCACUCUGAUCUAGAGUUGUGACCAGUAACUGUAAAAGGUCAUGCUAAACUUUUUUUAGUUUUUGCUUGUUUUCGAAAAUCAAGCAAUUCCUACUGACAUUUUAUUAACUUAUAUUGAUUUCGAGUUAUGUUAUCCAAAAAAAAACAAUUACUUAUCUGUUGUUGCUUUAUUUGUAAUGCCAACUAUUUAUAGUAUAUACUUCAUACAAACAUAGGAGAUAAUAAAGUAAAUAAAAUGUGGGAAGUAGAUUAACUACCCAAUGAAUUAAUAAUGUUCAUACAUGUUGAUUGGUUAAUCAGUGCACAAAGCUUAUGAAUUAGCCAAUGUUAGCCACGAUCCAUUUUACUCAAUCAGAGAUUUUAAACUUUGCUUGCGCUAUCUCAUCUAUUCCUUUGAAGAAAACCUAUGGGCAGGUAAUUUUCUAUUGUAAUUCUGUACAAAUAUUCGAAGAUUUCGUUUAAAAAUUUUUUGAAAGACCCUAAUAUCUUCAUAGAGAAAUUUCCAAUAAGGCUAACAAUUUCGAUCUGAACCUAAAACAACAUGCACUAUUACGUAGUAGGAGUAAAGACGUAUUUGGCUCGUUAGUAUACUUUUUCGUCUAUAUAAUGAAUGUUCCAGAAAUUUCGACUCGAUUUCAACGAUAGAUUUUUCUGUAUUGAAAUAUGUCAUUAAAAAGUUGUCUUUACUGGAAAAAACGUACAGUAAAAUCAGAGCUCUGAGAAAUAGCAACAUAUAGAUGAUGCUAUUCCAUCUACUAAGAAAACUAUUAGGUUAGGAAUGUGUCUGAUAUAACUAUAUGCGAAUAAACCCCAUAUAGAAGAAAAAGUGAAAAAAAAGCACUUUUAAGUAACUGUAAUAUUAAUAAAGUAAACUAAAGUAACUUUUCUUACUGGGUAAUUCCAUGGGAUGUCUACCAUAAAAACACAAAGUGUUUUGAUUGUUUUGUUUUCUAUCAG